AUGACAACUCCUUGCGGCGGUGGCGGCGAGUACCGGAAGGAGAUUCAAAAGUGCAACGUCCAGUCUGGAACGCAGCCGGUGAACCAACAACAAUCAUGUUCCCUACCGCCGAUACAGAGUCAAGCCACCUCGACGACACCGAUGCGACCGAGAUCUCUCUAUACGGCGCAUACUUAUCACGCACAGGCGGACGAAUCUAAUUUCCAGCGGUACAGUGAAUUUUCCAAGUAUUUCGAGGCACCGCCGUCGGAACAAUGGGGCGGAUUGCCCGGCGCUACGGCGUUUUCUAAUUCGACAGCGCUUUGGCGGCAGCCGCGAAACUCGAAAACCAUCGCGCCUUACUACGAGGAGACAUGCGGCGUGUACGCGGAGAACUGGAGAGAACACGACAACGACGCUGCCAUCGUGGCCACGCCGCACGGCACGAUCUCGUUGAGACUUCACAACAGGAUCCGAGUCGACAUGACGAUCGACCGUGCGGUUAGAGUAAUUAAUUUUAAGAAUAAUAUCGUGUUGUCGUUGAGCGGUUCCGGAGCGGCAGCGGCAUUGCUCCAUCCGAAUGGAAGAAUAUACCAAUAUGGUUCGCGGGUCGAGAUCUUGGCUCACGACGCCCAUGGCAAUAACAAAUACGCAAAGAUGUGGUACAAAGGGGUCAGCUUCACUUCUGAGCAAUGCGCUCUCGUCUACUUGGUCGAUACAGCUGGAACGAGAACUACCACGGAUUCGUUCUCGGACAUGAGUCAGGAUUUUUCCGUAAGCGUUUUCUAUUCUCGUUCGCGACACGGUCCAGCGUGUUUGCAAGAGGCUGCGGCGGCUAUGAGCGCCGCCCAAUAUUGGUUAACCAACGAAGGUGUAGAAAAUUGGAUCAUCAACAACGUGAGAGUGUCCCAAACGCCCGACGGUCUUGUCAGGAUCGCGCGAAAUAGUAACAAAUAUCAGUUGCGGACAUCGCCGAGCAACGGGACAGCCUCGUUGACGACGCCGUUUUUACAUUGCACCGCGUCCCUCGGUCAGACGUCUCAUCUUUUCGUGCGUCGCGGAGAACGACGUAUGCAUUACGAUGGAACUAGUUUUAUCGUACGGAACGCGGGUCACAGCGCUGGGUUCGACGACAACAAUCAACUGAAAGUUUAUUAAAAAAUUCUAUCGUCGUCUGGUCACCGCGAGCUUCAUAAAUGUUUAUUCGCGGUGAUGAAACAUUCGCAGGAUUCAGUAUAAUAGAUUUAAUUUUAAUGCCGUAAACAGACAGCCGCAGCUAUUGUGAAAAUGAUAAAGUUACAUCCGAUUUGGAAACCGGUCUCCGCGUUAAAGUAACUUGCACACGAAAUCUAUGAUACAUUUUCCUAUACUCAGUUUUUAAGUUUAAUUCCAUUUUAAUGAUGUUCAGUCAUUUAAUUGAAUUGUGCCUUCACACAUUUGAAGCCUGUACCGAACGGCUACGAUAAGAUAACGUACGACGUCUCUUUCUUUCAAAUUUGGAAUGAUAUUUUCAUAAACUCGUUCCUUAUACUUAUUUUGUACACUUCCCAAUAAAGAAUGAUUUCAAGACAA